AUGAAGCUCUCAAAGGUGUUAUCCUAUUCCGCAUCUCUCGGCUUCUUAGGGGUAGUGUCGGCAACUCCCCUUCAAACAAACCAGGGACUAUCAGCCAGACAAGAGCCAGAUAUAUUUCCCAAAAGAUGCUAUCCAAACCCGUGCAAGAAUAUCCAAUACGAUCCCCAACAUUCAGACUCGGUGUGCGGAGACCCACGGCUUGGACCGCUGACCCUACCAACCCGUUUCCCUGUGUCGGUUGAAACAGCCACGUAUUAUAGAUACGGCGGCCUCUGCGCGGAUGAGUUCAUUAUGAGAUGGGCCGGGGACUUAGACCCAAAGAAGUGGUUCAAUUAUCCGGAUUUCGACGGUUUCGCGCUCGACUCUCAGGGCAAACCAAUAAUGUCUGAGGCUACUAUAACCAAAGGAAGAAAACUGGACCGAUUUGGGAGCCCGAAGGGCAAGUUCGUUGCGCCUUUGGGAUCAUCGUAUAUCUCGCGAGCGCUGCCACCGCCGAACCUCGCACCAGGCAAAUCAGGAAACUACCCGGACAACUACCACGUUUAUGAGGUAAUGAAACCUUUCGCGGGUUUCUUAGGGCCGGUAGCUAGCUGGUUUGGCCAACCAGGCUUUGGCUCUCAGAUUUAUCUUAAAGUUAGUGUUCAGGAGCUGCUCGAUGGAGGCUUCCUGCGAGAGUUGAAGGAGGAGGAGUUUGACGAACCAUCUGAAUACUCAUACGACCCUUCUAACCAACGUGGCAAGGCAUAA